GGAGUGCGUGAAUGAGAGCGUGAAAAUAUAGCACCAAAAAAAAAAAACUGAAUAAGAGGAAAGAAGUUAUGUCUCUGCAGCCAUGGACUUGCGCUCAGAGUUACUUAAGUCCAUUUGGUAUGCUUUUACAGCUCUGGAUAUAGAGAAGAGUGGAAAAGUGUCGAAGUCCCAGCUAAAGGUCCUUUCCCAUAACCUAUGCACUGUCCUGAGUAUACCUCAUGACCCCGUUGCACUGGACGAACACUUCAGAGAUGACGACGACGGACCUGUGUCCAACCAAGGCUACAUGCCCUAUCUCAACAAGUAUAUCCUCGACAAGGUAGUACCAGGGAGUUUUGUCAAGGAGGAUGUGGACAACCUCUGUUGGACGCUGACUGCCAAGAAGAACUAUCACCAGGGUGGCGUGAAAAUUCUGCCGAAAGAUGAUGCUUUCCGUCUCUGGUGCCUGUUCAACUUUCUGUCGGAGGACAAAUACCCUCUGGUCAUGGUACCAGAUGAGGUCGAGUACUUGCUCAAGAAGAUUUGCAUGGCAAUGAGUAUGGAGCUCAACUGUGUGGAACUGGAGGAUUUCUUAUCCCAGGAGUCAGUGGUCCAAAAUGGAUUCACCGUGUGGGCAUUUCUGGAAAUGAUGAAUUCUGGAAAGUUGACCAGGGGCAUCACUAAGGAAACAGUCACCAUGGCAGUAGAGGAAGUUUACAGAGAAAUAGUUGGAGAUGUUCUUAAAGAGGGAUACCUGUGGAAGAAAAGCCAGUUGAGGAGGAACUGGAAAGAACGGUGGUUCACUCUGAAACCCAACAGCCUUUCAUAUUACACCAACGAGGACCGUAAAGACUGCAAGGGCAGCAUCACGCUGGACACAAACUGCUGCGUGGAGGUACUACCAGACAGAGAUGGAAAGAGAUGUAUGUUCUGUCUGAAAACUAUUUCGAAGACAUAUGAGAUGAGUGCUUCUGACACCAGACAGAGGCAAGAAUGGACAUCAGCCAUCCAAACGGCCAUCCGGCUGCAGGCGGAGGGCAAGACGUCGCUGCACAAGGACCUGAAGCUGAAGCGGCGCGAGCAGCGGGAGCAGAAGGAGCAGCGGCGCAAGGCCAAGGAGCAGGAGCUGCAGCGGCUGCAGGCCCUGCAGGAGGAGAAGCAGCGCAAGCUGGCGGAGCUGGAGCUGCUGAAGGAGGCGCAGCGGCAGGCGCAGGCCCUGCUGGAGCAGGACGAGCUGCGCCGGCGCCAGCAGUACGAGCAGCUGCAGCAGAACCUGGAGGUGCAGCUGCGCGAGGCCGAGGAGGCUCGGGCCAACAUGCAGGCAGAGAUGGUUCUGAAGGAGGCCGAGGCAGAGAAGCAGCGGCAGCGUAUCGUAGAGCUGGAGGACAUGCAGCAGCGGCUGGAGGAGGCCCUGCAGCAGGAGAUCAAAGCGCGAAGGGACGAAGAGGAUUUCCGCUACGCGCAGGCCAGGCUGCUGUCUGAGGAGGAGGAGAAGAUGAAGGCUCUGAUGGCACUGCAGGAGGAGCAGGAGGUGUACAUCCUGAAGACGCAGCGGGAAAAGCAGGAGCUCCGUCAGGAGAUGGAGAACAAGUCCCGCUCCCUGGAAGACGCCCAGAAGCAGCUGGAGGAGGUGCGGGCCAACCGGCACCGAGUGGACCAGGACGUGGUGGCUGCCCAGAGAAAGCUACGACAAGCAAGCACCAAUGUAAAACACUGGAAUGUUCAAAUGAACAGGUUAAUGCAUCCAAUUGGACCUGGAGAGAAGCGACCCUCUAUUGGAAGCUCUUUCUCCAGCUUCAAAAUACCCUCCCAGAAGGACCCAGGUCUGCGGCUGCGUGUGAAGUCGGAGGAGCCGGAUGAGGAGAGUAAGGAGAACGUGGACCGCAGCUCAGGUCUCGAGGAAGAGAGACGCCUCUCCCAGUCGUUUAAUGGCAGUAUGAGCAUGGACAUACCAUGAGAAGCUACAUGUAGAAGUAUCAACCUGCAACUACAAAGAACAGUAUCCACUGUGCAUCUUUUAAACUGUCUCUGUGGACUAGUUUUGGGACAGACUCGAACAUGCAAUGGCAGCACAAUUGCACUGUUCUAAUGGGAGGAGUAGAGUGCCUCAGCAUGCUGUCAAAUGCAUCGCUAUUACACUGUGAGAUAUGUACAGUUAAGCUUUGUUAUUGUGAUGUAACUAUUGUUACACUCUUAAAAUGAAUGUGUUGAAAAUAACGCAACUUGUGUUGUUUUAACAAUCUCUGUGUCCAGAUAGGGA